GGCGCUGUCUACGACUCUAUCAUGUUGUGAUCUGCUGCAUGUGACAUUGACAUCAACUGAGGGCUAACGUUAGCCUAGCCUGUGAGGCGGAGGUUUCCAGAGUAGCUGUCCGGCUUUGGCUCACCAGAUCCCCAGCUGCAAGCAUGAGGCUCACCGCGGUCCUGGCGAUGGCAGCUCGGGUCGUCGUGCCCAAGGACUACCGGUACGGGACCAACCGGCCGUGGACCGCGGCCGCCAAGAGGCUGAACCCUCCGGGGAAGAAGAGGAGAAAGGUGUUCGUGGAGCCGCUGGAGGCCGAGGACUGGUCUGUGUUCAGAGGAGACACGGUGGAGAUUCUUGCAGGAAAAGACAAAGGGAAGCAGGGGAAAGUGAUCCAGGUGUUCAGACGCAGAAACUGGGUCAUUCUGCAAGGACUAAACACACAUUACAGGUAUAUUGGAAAGACCUAUGACUACCGUGGCACAUAUGUCGCCUCUGAAGCUCCCCUCCUGCUGCAGCAAGUCUCUUUGAUCGACCCCUCAGACAGAAAGCCCACAGAGGUCGAGUGGAAGUUCACAGAGGAGGGUGAGAGAGUCCGGGUGUCGCUCAGGACGGGUCGGAUCAUUCCCAAACCGGUGGUGGAGCGGCGAGACGGCAUCGUGCCGCAGCAGUGGAAAGACGGCCCUAAAGACACCAGCCCUGAAGACACCCUGGAGAAGACCUACGCCCCCUCCCUGAAAACCCUGGAGGAGGAGGUCAUGGAGAAACUGGGGAUCCAGGAGAACCGAAGGCACCAGAAGUCCUACUGGUACUGACCCAAGCAGCCAGAGACACUCGGACUCCUGACGGCGCUCUCCAGUUUUCACAGGGACUCUGGACAUGCCUUCUCCUGGUGGGGGUCAAGCUGAAGGUCAAGUCAGACAAAGACUGUGACGAAGCCACGAGGACGGAGGAUACAUGGACUUUAAAACGUAACAUUAUGAAAAAGAUUUUGCAAUCUGCAGCUUUUUGUUACUUUGCUUCCUGGAUCAUCUUUGCUUCAGUUUCAUGAUAUUGCUCUCAAUGGAUGUCGUUGAUUUUUAUUCAUUUCAGUGGAGAUGAAAAUAAAGCGGAUUAAAUAUUGUUGUGA